AGCCACCGCAGCUCGAGUGGCAGGCACACCCCCCAGGUUCUUUUUUCAAUCACCGCCGCUCCGCGGGCUUCAGCGCCGCGAUGGGCUCGAGGCAGCUGGCCGUGGUGGCCGCCUCUGCCCUGGCCGCGACGUGCGCUGUUCGCCUCGGCUCCACCACGUUCGCCAUCGGGGGCCUCCGCGCGCAGGCCGGCGUCCCGGCGGGGCGCGCCGCCGCACCGCCCGGCGCACCCGAGGGCUCGGCGCCGCAGGCCGCCGCGCCGGCCGUGGGCACCACGGCCUCCUCGGCUUCGGCGUGGCCUUCGGCGUCGCGUUCGCGGCGAUGACCAGGUCGGUGACCCGCGUCUCCCGCCGGGCGGAGGGCAAGGAGAUCGAGGUCGCGGAGAAGGGCGGGGCGAUCACCGGGCCCGCGUACCUGGAGGGGAUCCCGCGCUCCCUCGUCGACAAGCCCACGCUGGACAGGAUCCUCGCCGUCACGCCGGUGGAGGAGUGGGACGACCCCUCGGAGGAGAGCCCGCUCUACGUCAUCAAGCUGCUCUCGGAGACCUACGGGCCCGGCAAGGCCACCAAGAUGAGGUUCUCCGACUUUGCCUACAUCAAGAACCAGUGCCUCCCCGCUGACGCCGGCGAGGUCGAGGACCCCUUCGUCACCGAGGAGGACUUCCAGCUCAUGAUGUCGGGCAAGCUUCCGCUGCAGAUCCCGGGCCCGGCGGGCUGGUGGGACGCCGGUUUCACAAUCAAUUUCCAGGGCCCGGAGCGCUUCUCCGGUGACCAGAUCCAGACCGCCGUCCGGGACAGCGCCUUCAGCCAGCAGUUCCUGGACAACCUGGCCUUCUACCGCCAGGGCCUGAAGCCGUGGCAGCGCGGGCUGGAGAUCGGCAUGGCCCACGGCUACUUCAUCAUCGGCCCCUUCGUGUCCCUCGGCCCGCUGCGCAACACGCCGGAGGCCGCCACGGUCGGCAUGCUCUCCGGCAUCGCCGUCAUCAUGAUCGCCAGCUUCGGCGGCCUGCUGCUCGGGACCACCCUCAAGCCGACCCUCUUCGACAAGCCCGGCGACAAGCCCGCGGCCGGCUUCCAGGAGAAUGAUGAUCUGGCACAUCAUCGGCGGCACCGGCGGCGCCGCGUUCGCCCACAUCCUGCUCACCCUCUUCGCGCUCUGAGGGCGGCCCUCCCUCUAGUGUUUUUUUGCUGUGGGGCGCAGCGAGCCGCCAAUCUCCUCCGCCUCCUCCUCCUCGGCGCGGCGGCGGGUCCCGCCCUCUUCUCCCCCUCUCCCCUCCCCCGCGUGUCGCUCGGUGCGCUGCCGGCGAGGUCGGUGCCCCUCCGCUCUCUGCGCGCGCUCCGGGGCCCUCCGCCGUGCGCCUCGGUGCGGGCCUCGGAGCGGUGACAGGGCUCGCGCUCCCUCGUGCCGCGCUCCUCGUGGCCACGUCUUGGCGGCUGCAAGCCGGUUCCACCGGCAAGGCAGCCAGGCAGUCCAGGAGAGGUGCCCCCUGGGGGGAUCGCACUGCCCCGCGGGAAAGUGGGCG